AACCACUGCAGCCAAGAAGAGUGCCUGACGAGCCCAGUUAAAAUAUCAUACCGGAACAGUGUGUCUAACACUGCAUCAUGAAAGAGACUACAGUUAUGAUGAUGCUCCUGUCAGGACUGUUUUACUUACCUGGCUAUUUUCCUCAUCUUUACAACCUUGUUGAAUAUGGAAGAGACUGGACAAGAGCUCAGGAAUACUGCAGGAACAAGUAUACUGACCUAGCCAUUGUACAUAAUGAGCAAGACUUGGCCAAACUGAGGAACCUCACAGAAGGGUUUUCUAAUGUGUGGAUUGGACUUAUACCUGACACUGAAGCAUGGAAGUGGUCUCUGGAAAACCAGGAUUACUAUGGUGAAGGGGAGACUGAGUUCAGGAUGUGGAAUGACGAGGAACCCAAUGGUUUAGGACACCAUAAAGUUUGUGCAGCAAUGCUUAAAAAUGGGAAAUGGGCAGAUGUAGAAUGCAACAGCCAACUGCCAUUCUUCUGCUACAAUAAAAACACAUCACGCUUCAUAUUUGUGAAUAUGAGUAACACCUGGGAGGAUGCUCAGAGCUACUGCAGAAAGAACCACACUGACCUUGCCAGUGUGAGAAACCAAUCUGAGAAUGAAGAGCUGAAAAAGAUAACAGUGAGUUCCUACACGUGGAUUGGACUAUACAGAAAUUCCUGGAAGUGGUCGGAUGGAACUGCACAGUUAUUACACAACUGGGCUCCUGAUAAACCAUCCAAGAUAGCCACAGAUGCAUGUGGGACUAUAUUUAAAGGCAAGUGGGUCAACUAUCGUUGCGGUGCAAACUGGUACUUUGUCUGUUAUACUGCACUCAGGGAGAGGAAGGUGCUGAAGAUUAAGCUGAAGAAAACUGACCCCUCUGUGGAAAUGGAGGACCUGGAGGAGGAAAUCUUGGAAAAGUUCAGACAGAGACUGACAGAGCAUGGCCUGAGUGGAGUCUUCAAACUACAAUGGGUGAAGCAGCCUGAUGGGAAGAAGCAUGUUGAAGAAGAGGAGGAAGUAAAAGAGGCAAACUGUGGGGUCAAAUAAAACAUUUCAUUAUCCACAUUUGAUUAUUGAAUUCUCCUAUUCAGGACAUAUGUUUAAUUGGUUAGGUUAAUAUUCUUACAGUAAGGUACAAGUUUUUACUUUAGCAAUGAAGCUUAUGCAUAAAUUCAAUAAGUAAGAUCAGUCAUCAGUCAUCUGCCUGCUUUCUUGGGUGUUCAGCUGCUUUUCUAUUUACAUGUCUACUGCUUUCUCACGCUGUCAAUCUCAAUACUGACAUCAUUACUUUAGUCCAAUCAUCUUUUCACCCUUUUGCUUUGAGCCAAUUAGCCUCUGCUUCGCAUGCUUUAAAUCUCAGCUCUCCAUUGUUCUUUUUUUAGACUUUUUUUGUGCAGCCUGCCUCCUCCCCAUCUCCACCUCAGACACCU